UUGAACUAUGGCUGCGGAGGGAGAGGACGAUAAAACAAACGAAUCAACAGAGCUACUAGAAGAUAGUGACGUCACAAAACAAGAGGAAAAGGAGACGCUUGAAGCUGUGACAAAAGAACAAUUCAAAGAAGUUGUUGGAAAUGAAGCUAUAACAAUCAUCACGUGUGAAAGAAAGACAACUUCCAAAACAGCGACCUUUAGGAAUUUACUCGUUCUCAGUUUUGCAUUUACAUGCAACUUUUCAGCUUGGAAAUCUUAUUCGAACAUGCAAAGUUCCAUUAACAAGGAAGGAGGUCUAGGCACUACUGGAAUGUCAUUAAUGUGUGUUGCUAUGGUUUUGACUAACUUAUUUAUUUCUCCUGUAAUUCUGUCAAAAUUCAGUUACAAAUGGCUAAUAGUGUUUUCGUUCCUAACAUAUGCCGUGUUCAUGGCAACGGGAUUCUACACCAGGUGGGCAACGGUCGUACCAGCGUCUUUUAUUACUGGCUUUGGGGCGUCUCUUAUGUGGCCAUCCCAGCAGAGCUAUCUCACUAAUCUGGCCAGGGACUAUGGAACUGAGAAAAACACUGAUCACGUGAUCAGACAGUUUACGGGGAUAUUCUACGCAUUCUUGUACAGUUCAGAGAUAUGGGGAAACAUAGUUGCAUCAGUCGUAUUUAGAAGGGAGUCAAGAAAUGUAACGACAGAUUUCGAAGUUUGUGGUGCUCAAUUUUGCCCAUUUGACCAGGGAAAAGCAGGAGCUAUUGAACGGCCACCAGAAGAUAAGAUGUUUAUAUAUUCGGGAUUCUGUGUUGGAAUGUCAAGUCUCGGGGCCAUAGUUAUUGCAUUCUUUCUACAAAAUACAAAAACGGAAAUUGAUAACCGAGACGGAGUUUGCAAAAACGUUCGCAAAGUCGGAGCCCUUAUGGUAAAGUCAAGGGACCUGAAGUUGUUAAUUCUACCAUCUAUGACUUCCGGUGUACUCCUGAGCUUCUUUGCUGCAGACUUCACCGCGGCAUUCGUGAGUUGUCCUUUUGGCGUGGAAAAUGUCGGAGUGGUUGUAAUAACAUACGGAGUGGUGCUUACAUUAUUUUCGUUUAUCGUUGGACGCCUCGCAAAAGUUACUGGCCUGUAUCCAAUUUUUUUCAUAGCUUAUAUUGCGUUCAUAUCGGUAGUUGUCUCCUUACGAUUGCUCCAACUUGAUGCAGACAGCUUACCGGUUGCUUUCGUUCUGGCUGGUCUUUACGGGCUUGCCAUGUCUGCAAAUGAACCUGCCGUUGCAAUGUUAGUUUGUGUUCACUUCCGAGAGGACAUGACAGUCGCCCUGUCGAGUACCAAAGCCAUGUCCGCGGUCGGUUGGGCUGCCUCAUUCGCCUACAGCAACUGGCUGUGUAUGGAGUACAAGAUCUAUAUUGUGAUGGUUCUCUACACCCUGUCCUUUGUCAGCAUCAGUGCCCUUCACCUCAGACACAGAGUGUCUGGCCGACUGUGUAGAACAUGCUGCCCGGUUUCUUCUAUGUCUAAACGAGCGGAUGAAAUUACCAAUCGGCCGACAUGAGUUUUAUU